UUCAAGGUGAAAUCAGGUAAAUUGUUGCAAAUGAAAAGUAAUAUAAACAAUUUAUUAGCUUUUCCUGAUUGUUAUUGAUGAGAGAAACAAAUUAAUCCAACAAAUUGUGAUCAACAAUCAACUAGAGGUUUAUGUUUAUCAAAUUGACCCAGAAUCAUUGACUUGAUUAACAUUUGAUUAUAUUGUUGCAUUAAUAUUGCAUAUAAUUAGCAAGAAUCAAAAGUAACCAUGGUUAUCGUUAAUUAUAACAACACAAUUAACUCCUCUGAUUUUGAGGUUUCCCAUUUUGAUUCAGUUAUUUAUUGUCUCUCUCUUUAACAAUUUACCAACAAAUCAAAAGUUUAUUACUCAAUUUAUUUACAUGUUAUUGAUUAAGUUAACCAAUUUUGAUAUUCAAACUAAAUUAAGUUGAUCAGUUUCUUUAAUUGUUCUCAUAUUAUUACAAUCAAGUGAUUUUAAUCAAGUAAUGUAAAUUGUUGGAGGUACGAUGAUAAUUAUUAAUGAAUUUAGAUCACAAUUAACAAGUGACCGUUUUUCAAACAAUCAUGAGUGAACAGUGAUUUAAGUUAAUUGUUAAAUCAGUUAUGCUGGGUAAGAUGGGCUGUGGAUCAAUUAAAAGUACAGUUACCAACAAAUCUGACAAUCUAAUUGAAGAUAUUGAUACAAAUAUCGGAGCAAUUAAUUUAAUGGAGAUAAGUGAUGAUCGGUCAAUGAUUGUAAUUGCCGGAGAAACUGGAGUUGCCCUUGUGUUGAGUACUUUUUCAACACCAACGGAAAUAAUUGGUAAACUUGUUGGACAUGAGGCUGGAAUCACUUGUUCAACGAUUGACAAUUUGUACAUUUACACGGGAUCGGUUGACCAAACAGUUCGCAAAUGGUCAAUAGAGACGAUGGAUUGUCUCUUCAUAUUCAUUGGUCACUCUUCCAAGAUUAAUCGGAUUAUGAUUAAAUCUAAUUUUCUAUUCACCACUUCGUAUGAUAAAACUGCUAAAGUUUGGAUUUCCAAUGUAGUUAUAACUCCUUAUGAUGAUUUUGACGACGAUCAAGAUGAAGAUUCAAUUGAUCUGGUUAACGAUAAUAAACCGAAACUGUGUAAUGUUGAUAGAUUAACCAAAGAACAAUUAACUCGAUUAAGUCCAUGUUUCCAAACAUACAAGGGUCAUACCAAAAGUGUUUAUCCAAUUAUUUUUCUUCCAACCGAUUCGGACUUUGAUUACACUGGACGGAUAUUGGAAACUGACCUUGUGGUAACGGGUUCGGUUGAUUGUACCAUACGAAUCUGGUCAUUUAAAUAUGGCGAUUGUUUGAAGCUUCUUACUGACCACUAUGCACCAAUAUUCAGUUUACUUGUUGACCCUUUAAAUAGUAAACAAUUUAUCUCAGCCUCGGGCGAUGGUAAAUUAAUCAGUUGGGAUGCGGUUACAGGGGAAUCGGUGAAGGUGAUGAAAGAUCAUUCUGGACCGGUCAUCUCAUGUACUACCUACAAUCGAAUGCUGUUUUCUGGUUCAAAUGACCGGACAGUUAGAGCUUGGGUCAUUGAAUUUGGUGAAUGUGUCAGAGUUUUUCAUGGUAAUUCUUGUGGUGUCUCUUUGGUCCAAUAUUACAACGGAUUAGUUUGUGUUGGCCUAGGAGAUGGUAUUGCGAAUAUAUUUGAUUCCAAAUCGGGUACAUUGAGGAAAAGUUUACAUGGACACCAAGAAUCGAUAACUGGACUUCAGGUUGCUGCCAAUCGUAUCUUCACUUGUGAUCUUUUGGGUAAAUUGUGUGUAUGGGACAUUAGCGAUAUUAAGGAAGAGACAGUUUUUGGUAAACGAAUUGAAGAAGAUGAAAAUAGUGAUGAUGAUUGUGAAGCGGUUCGAAGGGCCAUCGAUGUGGUUGAUAAAUAUGUUAGAAAUUAACAAUUUGAUUCCUUUUCUUUUUCUAUUAAUUAUUAUCGUUUGUCAUAAUAAUAAACAAAACUUUUCGAUUAAAUCAAUCAAUCGAUUCUGAUAAUUCAGUGAAUAUCAUUGGUGUAAAUUAUAUAAUAAAUUCAUAAAUCAUUGUA